GCUCCGGCUCUCGCGGCCGCCAGGUGAGCCCGAGAUGCCGCCGCCGCCGCCGCCGCCGCCGCCGCUGCUGCUGCUGCUCCUGGGGCCGCUCGGUGCCCUCCCUCACGGCGCCGUGGCGGGACCCGCGCAGGCCGAGGACGCGGUGGAGCUGCACUUUUCCACCGAGCGCCCGCGGCAGCUGGUGAGUCCCGCAUUCCUGUCCUUCACCAUCGACGCCAACCUGGCCACGGAGCCGCGGUUCCUCACCUUCCUGGGUUCUCCAAAGCUUCGUACUCUGGCCAGAGGCCUGUCUCCUGCAUACUUGAGGUUUGGUGGCACCAAGACAGACUUUCUCAUUUUUGAUCCCCACAAGGAACCAACCUUCGAAGAGAGAAGUUACUGGCAAUCACAAGUCAUCCAGGAUGCUUGCAAAUCUGAACCCAUUCCUUCCGAUGUGGAGAAAAGGUUACAGUCGGAAUGGCCCUUCCAGGAGCAACUGCUACUCAGAGAACAGUAUCAGAGAAAGUUCAAGAACAGCACCUACUCAAAAAGCUCAGUGGACAUGCUGCACGCCUUUGCAAAUUGCUCAGGACUGCACUUGAUCUUUGGCCUAAACGCGCUACUGAGAACGGCAGAUUUGCAGUGGAAUAGCUCUAAUGCUCGGUUGCUGCUGGACUACUGUUCUUCCAAGAGUUACAACAUUUCUUGGGAACUAGGCAAUGAGCCUAACAGUUUCUGGAAGAAGGCUGGUAUUUUCAUCGAUGGAUUGCAGUUAGGAAAAGACUUUAUUGAGCUCCAUAAACUUCUAGAAAAGUUUACUUCCAGCGGUGCGAAGCUCUAUGGUCCUGAUGUGGGUCAGCCUCGAGGGAAGACUGUGAAGAUGCUGAGCAGUUUCCUGAAGGCUGGUGGAGCAGUGGUUGAUUCAGUUACGUGGCAUCACUACUAUGUGAAUGGACGAAUUGCAACCAAAGAAGAUUUCCUAAACCCUGAUGUGUUGGACACCUUUAUUGUAUCUGUGAAAAAAGUACUCCAGGUGGUGGAGGAGACCAGACCCGGCAAGAAGGUCUGGCUGGGAGAAACAAGUUCUGCCUACGGCGGCGGAGCACCCUUGCUGUCCAACACCUUUGCAGCUGGCUUUAUGUGGCUGGAUAAACUGGGUGUGGCGGCUCGCAUGGGCGUGGAGGUGGUGAUGCGGCAAGCGCUCUUCGGAGCCGGAAACUACCAGUUGGUGGACAGAAACUUCGUCCCUUUGCCUGAUUAUUGGCUCUCUCUUCUGUUCAAGAAACUGGUGGGCAGCACCGUGUUAAUGGCAAGUGUGAAAGGCCCAGAGAGAGGCAAACUUCGAGUUUACCUUCAUUGCACAAACAUCAACCACCCAAGGUAUAAAGAAGGCGAUCUAACUCUGUAUGCCUUGAACCUCCACAAUGUCACCAAGCGCUUGCUGUUACCAUCUCAUUUAUUUAACAAACAAGUAGAUAAAUACCUUCUGAAGCCUUCGGGCCCUGAUGGAUUACUCUCCAAAUCUGUCCAACUCAACGGCCAAACUCUGAGGAUGGUGGAUGACCAAACCCUGCCAGUAUUGACAGAAAAACCUCUCCGCCCAGGAAGUUCACUGGGCUUGCCACCUUUCUCCUAUGGGUUUUUUGUGAUAAGAAAUGCCAAGGUCGCUGCUUGCAUCUGACAAUGAAAGGCAUGUGUUAGCCCUGAGACUGAAUGCAUUCAAAUGCAUUGAUCUGGGGAAAGCAAAACUCAUGCUAGAGGAAGCUGUAGAGGGAUUACAAACCAACAAGUGGGCGCUUCGGAGGCCUUGGGACACUCUCGGCGCUAGAUUUAGACUCUCUAAAUCUAGAACACUCUCCCUCUAAGUAGAACACUGCCGAUAAUAAUAGCUAAUAAUACCAACCACUACACUCAGCACUGUGCGUGUGCUAUUUUUAUUUGAGAUUAUAAAAAUGUACACAACUGCACCCAGGACAGCCAGGAGGCAAGUAGGUGAAGGGUUUGCUAUGUUAGUUUUCAAAAAGUGAUUAGUUGUUUUUAUUUUAAAAACAAACCCUAUUGGAAGAUGUCAGAUUCUUCACUUUAUGUGACACUUUAUAUGUGACACCUCUGUGGUCUCCCGUGGGAAGAGGUUUGUAGCCACGUCCUGGAGACUGGUUGUAAGAGAGAAACUACCUAUUUGCUGCUGCUCCUCUGCCCUCUGUCCUGUGUCAGCAGUAGUCACGUGAGUACAGAUGGUUACGUGCGAUGGUUUCAAAAUGGUUAAUGACAAUUCAGAGGGAAGAAUUAUGCCUACUGCAAAUGAAAUAAAAAUACGACUGCAGAUACGGGUUUCUCAGGAAGAGGCAUUUAGAAAACAUCCAAUACCUGAGAAGCAUCUGUCAGCUUUUCGCCACCUUUGGUUCUUGUUUCAGUUGGGAAGUUUUGGCUGCAAGUAACAGGAAACCCUUGUUCAUGGGAUUAAACAAUAAGGAACUUUGUAAUCCUGUAUUCAACUGGGGCAGGCGCCAGCAGCAUGGUGGUCCCAAGUGGAACCAAGCCCCGGUGUUCUUCCCCUCUCUGAGCUCUGCCUGGUUUAGUGCUGGCUUCGUUACCAGAGGCAGCAGGGUGGCGGAAGGUGUCCCACAGCCCCACGGAGACCUGGCAGCCACCCAGGGAAGAGGUUGAGCUGUCACUUCUGUGUCUCCUUCAACUUGGACUCAUUCUCAGGUUCUCCCAGCAAAGCUCUCUUCAUGUCUCAUUGGUCAUGAAUGGGUCAUGUGGCCAUUUCCACAGUCACUGCCAACAGCACGGAGGUUGCUGGAAUGGUCCCCCAUACCAUUCUCUGGUAGACAGCAGAGAGGCUGGAGAGUCUACAGCACUGAACUUGACAUUUCUGUGCUUUCCAGCGUUGACAGGAUGUAUUGUAUUCUCCUGCAUUUGAGUCCUCUUAAGGAUUAAUAUUCUUUAUAUUUAUGCCUGCUACAAAUAUUGUCUCAAUUAAAUUUAAGUACAUUCAUAAAGCUAGAACUUAAACUUUGGAUGCUUCAGUGCCAUUAAAGUUUAUAUACAUUUCUUAUAUUUUCACACUUGAAAUAAAGUGAUUUUUA